AUGAUUCAGAAUAUUGAGAAGACAGCUCUGCUCUCUGAGCAUGUCAAUCUGCUUACUGCUGAAGUGAAACCUGAGACAGCAGAUCAGAAAAUGCAGGAUUUUAAGACACAGAUUGACCUGGCUGAGAGAGAGCAGCAGAAACUCUUCUCUGAGAAGACAGUAGAGAGAGAUUUUAAGAUGAUUAUCAUCUCAGAUGAGAAGAAGAAGAAGAAGAAGAAGAAUGAGAAGUGA